UAUGGAAUGAAGCCUGCAUGGGACAGAGGCCACUCACUGGUUUCCCAUGCUGUUCCUUUUAAUCAGGCACUGAGCUGCCCUGAAAGAAUGCCAUUUGCAUGACAAAUGAGUGAAAAGACAGAGAGAAGGCAGUGUGCUGCUUGGGACCACAUGAGCAGGACUGAUGGCUUCUAAAUAUAGGACUUUCACUUCUCUUGAGGUAUACUAAGCGCAAAACAGCCCUCCUGAAGGAAACAUCCUCAGGAGACUUUAAGGAAAUGAACAUAUUCUGGGCUCCAGCACCAACAUGCUGCUUACUUCCCAUCCUAUUGGUGUGUGGCUGGUAUAGCUGCUGGGCAGCACCUGAGAUAAAUCAGACGCAUCAAGGGUUAGACUCCACUGCUGCUUUCAUUGAAACCUCUGAGGGUGUGUAUGAGUAUGUGAGUCAACCCCUUGACCGGUGGCAGUCUGAGAAGGCAUGUGAGUAUAAAUUUGCUUCUUUGCUGUCUGAGUCAAAAGACGGCCAAAAGAUCCCGGAAAAACUUCUGCAUUUAAAACAGAUUAACUUCCCUAUUUGGCUGAAAGAGGACGGGCCAACUGAACCACGGACCCGGCCACUUACCGUCCUAGUGUUUGAAAACAGGACAGAUGUUAAAUAUGCCAAGUUGCUGGUUGAUUUCCCACAUCUGCCAGAAAUCACAGUAUGUGCUUUUAUCCAGUGGGAAAAUACGUAUAAAGAUUUUGCCACCGUCUUCUCCUAUGCUGUUCCAGGCUUCUUCAAUGAAUUCCAGUUGCGCGGUAUCACUAGUGAGAAAGGAUAUGUUCAGUUUGCUAUCAUAGUACAUGGGCACCACACACCAUACUCCACCUUGUUCCUCAGCGAUGGGCAGUGGCAUCAUGUCUGUGUCACAUGGCAAAAACUGAACGGCACUUGGGCAUUUUAUGCAGAUGGAAAAAAAGCUGCCUCAAGUGUGAUCUCGACCACCCAGGAUAUCAUUGAGGGAGGAUCGUUUAUUAUUGGCCAAGACCAGGAUUCAUUUGGUGGAACUUUUAAAGCAAAGGAGUCCUUCAGUGGUAACAUCACCAAUUUGAAUGUUUGGAUGAAAGUCCUCAGUGACGAGCAAAUAGAAGUGGUCAGAUCCUGCAAUGUAAUAGAGCAGGGUAUUAUAUAUAGCUGGAAGUCACACAAGCUUCAAAUUGAUCCUUCUCUGCUACAAAUGGACAUUCAGUUUGUUUGCCCAGGCUCUUCUAUGGAAUGCCAGAUUUUACAAACCAGGGACAGAGCAGUAGAUUACACUCCCUGUGAAAAUAAAUUGCCCUUCAUCUGCUACUAUACAAACGAUUUGUAUCAGAGACUGAAAAAUACCAAUAGGGUAAAUCGCCAACGAACAUUUUCCAGCAGAGUAAAUGCAAUUGCAAACAGAACUCUGAUUUCUGAGAAUCUUCUAGACGGUGGUGUCCAACAAUUAAACGUCUCAGAAGCAUCAGCAUCUUUGCAGGCUAUUGAGAGAGUGAUGGAGACAGAUGGAAGUCUGGAGGACCCAGCCGAUCUUCUCAGUGUCAUCCAGUUUCUGAAGGGAGUUGCUGAUAUCGAAGCAGAAAGUGGCACAGAGGAUUUUGAGGAACUGAGUUAUCAUUUUGUGAAAGUCACUGGGGCCAUACUUGAGCAACCGGAUGCAAUUUUGUGGUCUGAAGUUAACCCAAUCAUCAGAGGACCCAUGACCCUGGUACUUAAUGUGGAUAAAAUGGCCUCCACUCUGUCACGGAUUCUAUCAGAUGAGAAGAAAGAGAUUUCUAUUCACCACAGGAAUAUUGAAGUUGGAGUGAGACAAGUUGAUCUGGAUGCCAACAGUCAUUUUUACAGGGAGCAGAGCACCAAUAAAGUGGAUCAAAUCACAGUUCCCAUGAAAGAACUUAAAGGAAUUGCAAAAGGAGAUGAAGUGGAUAUUAAAGUGGUGAACACCUGGUUUGAUUUUGAUGCGUUCCAACAUUUAUUUGGAGGGAACACCUAUAACUUCUUACCUGAAGAUUCUGCAGUAUCUGAUGGAGGAAACAAGUACGUGGGCACCUACCUUGGAUCAGCCGUUAUUUCUUCCACUGUAUUUGUUGGAUUCCAAGAAGUCGGCACUUCUGUACAAUACCGACUGUGGCAAAGAAGCAAAAUACCGAAUGAUUCUAGAACGCUUGAACAAAGACCUGUGUGUGCAUUCUGGAAUUUCAGCAUCAACCCAGAAAAUGGUGGUGGCUGGUCCACCUCUGGGUGCCAUAUGAAGAAGAGCAUCCACCCAGGAGAAACAGUCUGCUUCUGUAACCACACCACUAAUUUUGCUGUCCUUCUGCAACUUUAUGAUGUCCAGAGAAAUCCAGAUGAAGAGUGGACUCUAAGGACAUUAACAUUUAUUGGCUGUGGAGUAUCUCUGUGUGCUUUGCUGGUGACAUUUAUUCUCUUUCUAGCGGUUGGGGUUCCUAAGUCAGAAAGAACGACUGUUCACAAGAACCUGAUAUUUGCGCUUGCUGCUGCAGAGUCGUUGUUAAUGUUCAGUGAACUGGCGAAAAACAAUGAGGUUGUCUGUAUCACUGUUACGGCCUCCCUACAUUUAUUCUUCAUGGCUGCCUUUGCUUGGAUGCUGGUCGAAGGACUUCUUUUGUGGAGCAAAGUUGUUGCAGUGAACAUGAGUGAAGAUCGGAGAAUGAGGUUUUAUUAUAUCACAGGAUGGGGGCUGCCAAUCAUAAUUGUAAGUGUGACCUUGGCAACUUCUUUUAAUAAAUAUGUUGCAGACAGUCACUGCUGGCUGAACGUUCAAACAGACAUCAUUUGGGCAUUCGUGGGCCCAGUUCUCUUCAUAUUAACGGUAAACACCUUUGUUUUGUUUCGGGUGGUGAUGGUGACUAUAUCCAGUGCCCGCAGGCGCUCUAAGAUGCUGACCCCCAACUGCAGCCUAGAGAAGCAGAUUGGGAUCCAGGUUUGGGCCACGGCCAAACCCAUUGUAGUACUUCUUCCUGUGCUUGGACUGACCUGGUUGUGUGGUGUUUUGGUUCAUCUCAGUGUAGUCUGGGCAUACGUCUUCAUUGCGCUAAACUCAUUUCAGGGGCUGUAUAUAUUCCUAAUCUAUGCCAUCUACAAUAGUGAGGUGCGAAAUGCCAUUCAAAGAAUGAAAGACAAGAAGAAAGCUUUGUCUUUUACGAACUGUUCAAAUCCAACAAACUACGUGUCCAGCCAAAGGAACACUAUAUGGGAAACCGGGAAAUCAAGUCUGACUCCACCUUCAAGUAUUUCAUCACACCCCCCUCUGAAAAACACAGUAAGCAAUGGAAACCUGGUUGCCAAAAACCCUGUUAACAUAUCUUCCAUCUUGUCAACUGACACAACAGUUGUUGAACUUACUGCCUUCAAAACAUCAGAGGAGAGACUUGAAUACAUGUAGAAGAAAGACUUUCCCUUCCAGAUCAGGCAUUUGAGUCGCAUGGAAACAGUUGCUGAUUAUGUACAAAGCAGACUGAAGAAGGACGUAUGUUACAAGAGAUGCAUCAAGAACCAUGGGGUCCAUUCAACGCUGUCCAUGACCAAAGUGCUGAAAUGCUUAUUAGAAGUGUCUUUACUCUUUGUGAAUGGGUUUCCAAGUAGAUCUUCAUAGAAAAUACAGUUCACUAGAGAUUCUGGUACCAGCAGUUAUUUGCUGAAUGUCAAGCUGUUACUGUAUAUAGAUGUUUUUAAAUAAAAUGCUUUUAAAUUA